UUGCCUAUCACCAUAAACAAGCGCAGUUCGCUUCAAAUGUUCCCAUAAACUAUAUUUUAUUCAACAGGCUAGCCCUUCAGAGUGAAUUAUAGCGAUGGAGCUCAGCCAUUUCGGUGGCGGCCGGCGAAGCAACGUCUUCGACCCCUUCUCUCUGGACGUGUGGGACCCCUUUGAGGGCAUCCCUUUCGUGAGCACUGUCGCUAACGCUCCCGCCGCGUCACGGGAAGCCUCUGCUCUUGCCAACAUUCGCAUCGACUGGAAAGAAACCCCGGAAGCUCACAUUAUUAAGGCCGAUCUUCCGGGGCUGAGGAAGGAAGAGGUGAAGGUCGAGAUCAACGAAGGUGGGGUACUGCACAUUAGCGGGGAGAGGAUCAAAGAGCAGGAGGAGAAGAACGACAAGUGGCACAGGGUUGAGAGGGCCACCGGCAAGUUCCUGAGGAGGUUCAAGCUGCCGGAGAAUACGAAGAUCGACCAGGUGAAGGCUACCAUGGAGAAUGGAGUGCUCACUGUGGUUGUGCCCAAGGGGGAGGAGAAGAAGCCUGAGGUCAAGUCCAUUGAGAUCUCCGGCUAGACUAUAUAAGGCAUGUUCUCGAUCUGCACUGUUGCCUCUGGCUCUGUUUUGCUAUCUUGAAAAUAAAAGACAAGUAUGGGCGUGUUUUGUGUCAAGCAAGAAUGGAGUGUCUGUAUGUGAGUGCGUGUGUGUGUGUUUGAGGUUCUUUCUCUAUGUAUCACAUGUUCAAUUUCCUCUUCAGUAUUGUAAUUUGUAAUGGUUUUUGUUAUUAUAUAUAUUUUGUUCUAAGCUUA